UCACGAAUCCUUGCAGCAAUAUUAGGCUAUAAAUACUUUCCACUUGCUAUGUCUGGUAUAAAGGUCACAGAAUCGCCACCACAGACUCACAGCUACUGGUUGAUCCCUGUUGUAGCCCCGCCCCCGCUGAGCUCACCUGUGACACAGCAGCCGCACCUUGCCGGGAUGUUCGCUCUCAUUCUCCGUGAUUUCUUCUACGGAAGGCAGAUCAGCCGCAUCGCUCACCGACACUUCCUGCUCCGUCGGCCUGCUCACCCGACAUGCAGGAACUGAUGGCCUACCUCCAGGAUCCGGAGCUUGUGGCCCGGUUCCAGAGAAGAUGCGGGCUGUACUUGGUCGAAGGGUCCCAUCCAGGCCCCGGAGGGAGCCGAUCUGCGAACGGAGCCCCGAUCAGGCGGGAGAAACCAGGAGGGCAGCUGGAGGGAAGCAGGGACCGGCAGGACAGCAACUCAAACUAUGAAUACAAGGACUGCAAAAAGCCUCAGUAUGAGGUAAGAAACUGGCUGCUCCACUUCCUCUUCCUGUUCUCAGCUGGUCUAGGUCAUGAAGUGUUUUACAUCACCUGCCUGCCCUGCAUACACUGGAAUCUGGACCCGUUCCUCUGCCGCCGCCUUGUCAACAUGUGGACCUUGGUGAUGUACGUUGGCCAGUUGAUGAAGGACCUGCUGAAGCUUCCUCGCCCGCCCUCACCGCCUGUGGUCAAGCUUGAGACACGCGUGGACGCGGAGUACGGACUGCCGUCCACCCACGCCAUGGCCGCCACUGCCAUCUCCUUCACACUUUUACUGAGCGCUCCCUCCAGAGUACAGUUCUGCUUCCAGACAGGCCUGCUGAUCGCUGUGACGCUCUCGUCUCUGGUGUCUCUGAGCCGGCUCUACACUGGCAUGCACUCAGUUCUGGAUGUGGUUUGUGGCGUUUUGAUCACUGCCGUCCUGAUUCUGCUCACCUACCCUUUCUGGGAAUCCUUCGACAGCUUCCAGCUGACUAGCCCACUGUCCCCCAUCAUCGCUCUGUCACUGCUGCUCUUCCUAAGCUACACAUACCCAGAGCUGGACCAUUACAGCACCACACGAGGAGACACCACCACCAUUCUCGGCGUGUGCGCUGGUUGCUCAGUAGGAUACUGGGCCAAUGUGCAGCUGGGCGACGCUUUUGAACCCCGGGGGCCGUUACCUGUCCCUCUACCCACCGUAACGGCACUGUCUGUGGCGAGAGGGGCUGGACGCAGCCUGCUGGGAGUGGUUGCCCUGGUGGGAACUCGGCAGAUAGUGAAGAAACUGAGUUUGGACGUGUUGUAUUCUUGGUACAGUGCUCCGAAAACGGAUAAAAAUGCCAGGAGGAAGGAGAUAGAAGUACCAUCCAAGUUUGCAACAUACACAGCUGUUGGACUGGUUAACUCUAUAUUGGUCAACAGAGUCUUUGCUCUGAUUGGGCUUCUAUGACCAGUAAGACUGACCUGUAAUUACCUCAACAAUGAACUUCAUAUUUAUCUUACUGUACAUUAUUGAGCUUUUAUAAACAGAAAAACAAGUCAAUGUUGACGUAUAAGACUGUAUAUAAGACUGUAUAUAUGACUUGUGACUGAUCUUGAGCUUAACUGUAAAUAAAACAAACUUGU